AUGGCUUCUGAAGUUCUUAAAAGACCAAAGGCACAAGGGAUAUUCCACCGAAUGGUCACCCCAUGGCAACUAUACAGGCGACAUCGAGCUCUGGCUGAGAGAUUGUCUGGCAUUAACGUGAAUGGGCAGUACACUUCCUCCAUGGAGCAAUGUGUCACAACUUCUAAGACUUUACCUAUGUCCGGCACACGAUUAUAUGAGACGGUAGCUGGUACCAUUCUAUGGAAUGUGGAGCGUGAUAAAACCAUUUUCAUGAAUGUCAUUGUGAUAAAUAUGAAGUUCAAGACAUCUAACUUGCAUAGUUAG